AUGAGUCUUCUUAGCAAAAAGACCAGCCUUCUGAAUGUUGAGCAGGUGAAAGAUGACAGAAAAUCCGUCGAUGGUGAGGCCGACGUGUUGGAAGCACAGCAACUUGCUGAUCGAUACGCCACGGGAACUUCUCAGGCAGAGAGAGACUUGAUUAAGAAGGUGGACUGGCGUAUCCUCCCUUGUCUUUGGACGUUGUAUCUUCUAGGUUUUUUGGACCGAGCUAACAUUGGAAAUGCAAAGACAGGUGGGCUGGAGGAUGACUUUAACCUAACCAGUAGCCAGUACUCGGUCAUUGUGCUGGUCUUCUUUAUAUCAUAUCUCGUCUGCGAAGUUCCCGCCAACAUGAUCCUCACACGCGUCAGGCCCAGCGUCUUCCUCCCCGGUCUCGGGGUCCUCUGGGGGAGCUUUGCAAUGCUGAUGGCUGCCACUCAAAACUGGAAACAGCUCGCUGGUAUGCGGUUUUUGCUUGGUUUUGCCGAGGCCGGUUUCGCACCUGGAUGCGCAUAUUUCCUUUCUUCGUGGUACAGACGCUAUGAGCUCACAACGCGCUAUGCUAUAAUGUAUACUUCCGUCCCACUGGCCGGGGCUAUGUCUGGUCUUCUUGCAGCUGUGAUUAUCCAGCAUAUGGACGGACUUGCGGGACUUGCGGGAUGGCGCUGGCUGUUCAUUAUCGAGGGGCUCGGCUCUGUUGUUGCAGCCAUGGGCAUCCACUUUCUCAUGCCCAACUACCCUAUCAAUAGCCCCAAGUUUCUCAACGAGGAGGAGACCAUUCUCGCUUGUAAUCGCUUAGCGAUGGACGGCAUUGCUCUAGCUCAGGGAACUGGAAGUGAAGAGCUUGGUCAUUGGGCGGUGUUCAAGAUGACAGUCAGAGACUGGAGAGUCUGGGCACAGUGCUUCAUCUUCGUUCUCGUCACUGGAUCGCAGACAAUGCAGUACUUUAUCCCAACCCUUGUCAAAAGCUUUGGAUGGACAGGGUAUACAGCUCAAUACUACACGAUCCCACCGUACAUGGCUGCCCUGGCUUACGUUGUCAUUUGCGCCUGGCUGGCAGACAAAUAUCAAACCAAAUGGCCCUUCCUGUGUGGUCUCUCGGCGAUCGGCUGUUGUCUCUUCAUCGCCGUCACAGUCACACAGAGCAAGAUGGCCCAAUAUGUCCUGACGAUCCUCGCCUUCGGUACCAUCUACGGGUGCUCUCCGCUGGUCAAAACCUGGGCGGUGGACGUUAUACCCCAGCCCGCUGCCAAGCGGGCCGUUGCGAUCGCUCUGAUCAAUUCUCUCGGCAAUGCGUCGAGCAUCUACGCCACCUGGCUUUGGCCGAAGAGCGAUGCUCCGAGAUACAUCAUUGGGUUCGUCACCACAACGACAUGGCUAGGAACUGUGUGUGUAGCGACGGUGAUAUUUGCGAUGUUGUUCAAGAAAUAUCCCGCGGAGAGGUCGGAUCCGAUCGAAGUGAUGGCAGCCGAGAUGAGAGCGAGGAGAGAGGCUUCGAACGGGAAUGGGAAAGCCUAA